AUGGAAGCCGUCAAACUUAUGAGGGAGCUGAAAACCAAUUUUGAACAAGAGAUGAAUUAUCUACCGAAGGAAACGGGGCUCUGCCUGAUCGAAUCCACCAGAGAGGUAGAUAUUCACUGCAGUACAGUAGAUAUACUGUACGACCGGUAAAAAAAAAAAAAAGUACAAUUGUAAAUACAAAUGCUGUAUCAAUAACAUUAUGGUAAAACAAAUCUUUAAAAAGUAUCACCUAUUACAUAUUAAUACACAGUUACCCCCAAAUAAAUAAUAAUAAAUAAUAUAAUAUAUAUAUAUAUAUAUAUAUUGUAAAGUGGUUGGCCCUCUGGCUAUAAGGUGAAUGCACCAAUUUGUAAGUCGCUCUGGAUAAGAGCGUCUGCUAAAUGACGAAAAUGUAAUGUAAAUGUAACAUGUUUUAUGAUUACAGAAUGACCGCCAAGGAAUCUCAGGCAAAUGUAGGGACGCCAAAGUGGAGGACCUCUGGAGCCUGACCAGUUUCUUUGGGUAUAGCACCCAGACCUUCGUUCUGGCAGUCAACCUGCUGGAUAGAUUUUUGGCCAUGAUGAAGGUAAGAUAAAAAUAAAAGCGGACCGCGGAAAGAAUUGAAACCCUUUGAAAUGUGUAACGUUUGUUUUCCUUUCGUGACAAAAACGACCAUGACACAAUGUAAAAAUGCGCGUGGACAUUAAAAAUGAAAUGAAAAGGGAGGUGGCCACUAAUUCCAAGCCUUUGUGUGUGACUCCUCUUCAGGUCCAACCCAAACAUCUAGCCUGCAUUAGCAUCAGCUGCCUCCACAUCGCAGCCAAAGCAGUCGAAGAGGAGUGCAACUUGUCUUCCACCAACGAACUUAUUCGUAUCAGUCAGUGCAAGUUUACAGUCUCGGACCUCACUCGCAUGGAGAAGAUCAUUUCAGAGAAACUCAACUUCCAACUCAAAGCCAUCACAGCCUUAACCUUUUUGCACCUAUACCAUAGAAUCACUCUCUCACACACCUCAGACAGGUAAGGCCCUCAUUAUGACAGAUAUUACAAUUCACCUAAUAAUGAAGAUUGCAAUGGUGUGACAUAAUGAACUAGACAUGAACUUUAAGCAGCUGUUGACAUAUCUGGCUUAUCAUUAGGGCUGGCACAAUUGCCAUAUCUGACCAAUUACUGUCAUCCAAAAUUCCAUGACAUCACUGCCCUACUUAUCAUUAUGGCGCUUUUCAAGACAACUGGGAACUGGGAGGGGAGGAGGAGAUCAAAUCAUGACAUUAAGGGAUCUUCAGGUCGGAGCUCUAGAAAGAGGCCCGGGUUCUCGAGUUGGAUGACCGUAAAAAAAAGAAAAAGAUACCCAGUCCGAGCUAAUUUCCCCGUUGUUCGAAAGCGCCAUUAGUCCUUACUGUGAAAGGGCAGCACUGGUUUUAUCUAUCGGAACAGCGUUGUACUGGACAUUUUCAGAUAGUAUGGUGGUGGGGACAUGUUACGUAAACAAAGUAGCCUUAUCACCUUGUUUUCACAUCGAACUGAUUUCAAAUGAAUUUGGUCUUAAGUAUUUUUCCCUUUUGUGUCUUUUUUUUUUUUUUUUAAAGGAAGGAGGCCCUGAACCUCGACACUCUAGAGGCCCAGCUCAAAGCCUGUCUAUGCCGCAUCACAUUCUCCAAAGCUAAAGUAAGGAGUUACCCCAGAGAGUAUACACCCAGUUCCAUAUUCCAGUAAACCUCUAGGGCAGCAGUCUAAUGUGACGCGUUGUUUUCUUUCUUUGGUUCUCUUCCAGCCGUCUGUCUUGGCCCUGUCCCUCCUCAGGCAGGAGCUUGAAGCCAUGCAGUCUGUUGACAUGGUAGAAAUAGCACGUAGUGUUCAGAGACAUCUCAAGGUAAGCAAUUGCUGUUGUGUCAAAAGCCUUGAGGCCUUAUCACAAAGCAAAUAACGUAUUCCUUUGGUUAACAAAGUAACACAAAUCACAGUUUCCUGUCGUAUUUGCACACAAAACGUAUUUUGCCCUGGAAACAGUGUUGCAUAUUGUGUGCCCUAAAGCCCUAGUCCAUAAGGUUUCAAAUGACAACUGACCCAUAUGGAAGGAAAUGUAGAGGGCCCUUUUUACAUUCCCGGCUGCCAAUCGUUUUACAACACCUGGAAUCCACCCCAACGGUUUUUGCUGACCCUGUCAAUUAUGGUACACGGUGUCCAAUGUUACGAUGCACUGGGUCUUCUUUUACAGAUCGCUGACGUUGAGCUGCUACACUGGAGGGGUCUAGUGGCCAAGUGUAUGUCCGACUACUCGUCCCCUGAAUGUAGCAGACCCAACAAUAAGAAGCUAGUCUGGAUCGUGUCGAGAAGGACAGCUCAGAACCUUCACACCAGCUACUGCAACGUCCCUGAACUGCCAACCAUUCCUGAGGACUGCUGGGACGAGAGCGAAAGGUAAAUCAGGAAUACGUUAUGGACUGUUCUGUCGAGGAAGAGAUACUUCCAACAUGCUGAUCAAAAACACAUUCACACAGUAGGCCUACAUUCCAGAAUAGAACAUUUUCAAAUAAAUUCAGUGAUAGGACACAGUAUUAAGAGAUUAGUCUAUAUACUGUAUUGAAGAAAACGCUUUGGAAAAUCCCCAGAAUAACAGAACUAUACUGAACAAAAAUAUAAACGCAACAUGCAACAAUUUCAAAGAUUUGACUGAGUUACAGUUCAUAAGGAAAUCAGUCAAUUGAAAUAAAUUCAUUAGGCCCUACUAUGGAUUUCAGAUGACUGGGCAGGGGCACAGAGCAUGGGUGGCAUGGCGCCACCCACUUGGCAACCAGGCCCAGCCAAUCAGAAUGAGUUUUUUCCCCCACAAAAGGGCUUUAUUGCAGACAUAAAUACUUCUCAGCCCCCCUCCCCCCUCAGACAAUCCCGCAGGUGAAUAAGCCGGAUGUGGAGGUCCUGGGCUGGUGUGGUUACACGUGGUCGGUCUGCGGUUGUGAGGCCGGUUGGACAUGCUGCCAAAUUCUCUAAAAGGACAUUGGAGGCAGCUUAUGGUAGAGAAAUUAACAUGAAAUUCUCUGGCAACAGCUUUGCCAAUUUCACACUCCCUAAACUUGAGAAAUGCUCCCUAACAGGGAUGUAAACAAAUUUGUGUACAAAGUUUGAGAGAAAUAAGCUUUUUGUAUGAAUGGAACCUUUUCUGGGAUUCAUUUUAUUUCAGCUCAUGAAACAUGGGACCAACACUUUACAUGUUGCGUUUUUAUAUUUUUUUUGUUCAGCGUAAAAAGGCACAUUAAGUACCACCCCCCAACAAUUAAGCCCCUCCCCACUCCAGUGUAUGGCCACUCCCUAGUUUCAGUUCUUACAGCAUACUAUAGUAAUCCUGGUAAUUCAACCUGUGACUCGUAGGGGGAGUUUGGUACGAUCUGUGACAUCACGGCCCUGCCUGUUGCAUCAGCUUGGCUAGCCCAACAGCCUUUCUACAGAGGCCCAUCCCGGUCUGCCCGGCUCCAUAUUACUCACUAACACUCAGACAUGACAUGUAUGCGAGUGACUUGUCACUUCCUACCUGCCUAGCAACCAGCUGCCAUAACUGCUCAAAACACAUCGUUGCACAACCAGUUAAACCUCCACAUAAUAAAGAUGACUUGAAUGUUGGGAAUGUGGGAUAGGUCCUGUUGUUGUCGAGAACCAAUUUAAAUAUAGAACGCAUACAAUUGUUUCUUUCCUUUUGUUGUUUCAGCGAGGACUCGUGUGAAGACAUGAGUUCUGGGGAAGAGAGCCUGAGCAGUUCCCUGGGCUCCGACGCGGAGGGACCAUACUUCCCUUCCCACUUCAUCUGCCAAAGCAACCAACGAAACAAAUACCACCAUACCCCUUAGAACAGACCCCUCUGGAGGGAGCCACAACCACCGUUUAUACUGUAGGGUCAUGUUCAUUAGUGAAACGUUUUGUAGCCUUAGUCACGUUUAACCUGUGACAGCCCAUUUUGGUUCCUGGUGAACACGACCCAGAAGAUACGUUUAUAGGAAAGCUAUCUUCAUUUUUUUGUUACUUCAAAAUGGGGCUACCAGUGUAGCCUGUUACAAACCCAUCAAUAUACUGUAUCUAUCUUAUUUGAAAGACUUGAACAAUCCUGACAGGCAGCAGAAUCCAUCGACUCAAAGAUAAAAGGUUUUGAACUCUUUUGUUUUUGUAGAUCUAGCGUUGGAAAAAAGAUUGUUGGGUGGUGCAUGUUUGGAUUUGUCACAUUCCAGCCACAUCAGACAGUGUACAUCCCAAAUGGCACCCUUU